AUGAAGAGGCACAUCCUUUUUGCGGUUCUUCUAAAAGGUGUAGCUGCCACCCCGGAGCAAGACCUUGCACCGAGAGAAGCAGACACAUAUUGUGUAACCUAUCUUUCUACGUACCUCGCUGCGAUCCCGAACAACGAAGGGCCCUUCAGUUCAAUGGAUGAUGCACCGGAUACUGAAGACAAAGAAACCGGCAGGUUUCCCUUGGCUCCGUCGAUCCGUCCGACUUUUGGGAGGAAUACUUCCAUUGCCACUGCAAGCACUAUAGACCCGAGGACCUCGCAGAUAGAUGGAGAGACAUCUCAAUUGGCAGAAUUUGAGUCAGGGUCUUUGUCGGUAGAUCUACCUCUGUCGAGUGAAAACACACCUACAACUCCAUCGUCCUUCCAAACAACCUUUGGUCAAACAACCUUUGGUCAAAUAACACUUGCUGCUCCUACAACAACUGGCCUAGUCGAACCAGAAGGGCAGACAGUAAUUUUCCUCAUCCAACUUCCCGACGACGACCGAAAGCGCAGUAUCAAUAGGCGAGCAGUCGGAGGCUUUGUUGGAGACGGCAGUCCCGAUACCUGCAAAUUUGCAGCCAGCUUCAAUCUUGCCGAGGGCCAGCUCUUCAAGAACGGAAAUCCCAUCUAUUAUGAUGGUGAGGACUUCAAAGAGCUGGAUAGUCAAGGGACUCCGCCGGCAGAUGCAAUUACAAAGGGCUUUGCCUCAACUGGAACAUCGCUUACUUUCCGAAAUGAAGGUCUUCCGAAUGGAGAGGCAGGCUUUUGUCAGACUUCUGAUGGACACGUUUAUAUCACGUUUACAUCUGCGCCGGCUGGUUGUACACCAGUCGCCCUUGGUGUUUUUGACGUUUCUCGGUGUCGGAAUGGCAAGCUUGUUGGUGUUGAUGAUAUUAGCUCCGCUCCGACUGCGACACCUACUCAAGAGAGCAGCACCGUGUCGGAAGAAUUCAGCGGACUUUCCUCUGAAGCCGUCGAACCAUCUAUCUCCAGCUUCGGUGUGACAACACUCCAGCCUGGCGUGAUAUCAUCUUCCGAAACGCCGCCGAGCAUUGAAGACGUGGCCUCAACUACAUCACUGGAGGUAGAUGACUCAACCUCGGAGUCCUCCGUCGACUCGAUUUCGGAAUCAUCAUCAUCUGAGCUUGCCGAAUCUACCAGCAAACUGGACAUCGCUUCCACCACGUUAGCCACGCUAGAAUUGUCGUCUGAAGGGAUAACGAUAUCAUCUGUAGGGACAACGACUGAGUCUAUGGAUGAAGCAACCCUAGAAACAACUAGCAAUGAAGUCACCACGGAAGUCUCUACUACCGCAGACGAAAGAACUGACCAGAGCAUUACGACUCCAGAAAUUCCAACUACUACUGCUGACGCCUGCGUAGCAGGGAUUACCUCGGCGGGAGGCUCGCCUCCCCUGCAAGAUCGUAUCGAUGACUGCGAAGAGUUGAACAGAGUUACAGUUAGCCCUUACACUGUCGAUGGGACUCGUCCCCGUCAAGAUCCCGAUGCGACUACCAUUUUCCCCACCGAGACACCUGCCUAUGCUACUUAUUGUGACUCGGCUGAGGAGUAUUAUGAUGCGUGCUCUAGUGCUGGUGUUACUGCUAUGACGACUACUCUGCCUACCCCUACUGAAAGUGAGACGGAUGAAGGGCCUGGGUGUCGUGCGGCGUCGCUGGUUAAGAGGGCUGGGGAAGGUUUGGGAUAUCAGUUUGAGGAUGAAUGGGAUGUCAUCCGCCUGCCGGGAUGGAGGUACUUCUGA